AAGGAAAGGUACAGACCUUUACCGCCUACUUCAUAUCAGACUGUAAAGGAAAUGAUCCAAGAGAUGAAAGACUCUAAUGUAAUCCGGGACAGUCGUAGCCCGUGGGCGGCACCCCUGGUCCUUGUAAAGAAGAAGGAUGGUGGUAUCCGUUUCUGUGUGGAUUAUAGGAAAAUUAAUCAAAUAACCCACAAAGAUGCAUACCCACUGCCCCGCAUUGAGGAGUCACUAACUGCUCUGGGCUCCUCUGCCUAUUUCUCCACAUUGGACUUGACCAGUGGCUACUGGCAAGUACCCAUGGCCCCUGCAGAUAGGGAAAAGACUGCUUUCACCACUCCCAUGGGCCUGUUCGAAUUCAAUUGUAUGCCGUUCGGGUUAUGUAAUGCACCAGGAACUUUCCAGAGACUAAUGGAGCGGUGUUUGGGUCACAAAAACUUCGAAACAGUGCUGCUGUAUCUAGAUGACGUCAUUGUGUACUCAAAAACAUAUGAAGACCAUCUGAAACAUUUAGCAGAAGUAUUUGAAAUCCUUAUCAAAUAUGGCUUGAAGGUAAAACCAUCCAAGUGUCACUUGCUCAAACCUGCGGUAAAAUACCUGGGGCAUGUGGUAAGCGGAGAGGGCGUGCAACCUGACCCUGAUAAGCUAGCGGCUGUCCGUAAUUGGCCGGUUCCUACUACCGUCAAGGAAGUGAGGGGUUUCCUUGGUUUUGCAAGCUACUAUAGACGGUUUAUCCCCCAUUUUGCUCAAAUAGCUGAUCCUAUCCAGGAACUCUUGAGGGGGCAACCCAAGAAAAGUCCUAGAACUCCUGUGCCCAUUGAGUGGAAUGAGGAAAGAGAGAUAGCGUUCCAAUUGCUAAAAAAGAAACUGACCGAGCCUCCUGUGUUAGGUUAUCCAGAUUAUAGCAAGCCUUUCCAUCUUUAUACCGAUGCUAGCAAGCGAGGCCUGGGAGCUGUGUUAGCCCAAAUCCAAGAGGGAAAAGAGAGAGUGAUAGCAUAUGCAAGCCGCUCCCUGAAAGGAGCUGAGAAAAAUGACCAGAAUUAUAGUUCCUUCAAACUAGACUUCCUGGCAUUAGUGUGGGCAGUGACGGAAAAAUUCAAAGAUUAUCUAGCCGCCACCCCGUUCAUUGCAUUCACUGACAAUAACCCUCUGGCACAUCUAAAUACAGCUAAAUUAGGGGCCUUGGAGCAGAGAUGGGCCUCUCGCCUCGCCAACUAUGAUUUCUCUGUAAAAUAUCGUGCUGGACGUACUAAUGAUAAUGCUGAUGCUUUAUUUGGGGUCCAAAAGACUGAGGCUAAUAUCCGCCAGCGGUUUUACUGGGUGGGCAUGAGAGAAGACAUUGAGAAGUGGUGUCGGGAGUGUGUAGCCUGUGCCUUAAAACGAAGUGAGCACCAUGAUCAGAGGGCACCACUGAGACCCAUUGUAAGUACCCGUCCUCUUGAACUUGUCGCCAUCGACCAUGUGAAACUGGAGCCUAGUCGCUCAGGGUAUGCUUAUGCCAUGACUAUUAUUGACCAUUUCACUAAGUUUGUUGUAGCGGUGCCUGUGAGAGACCAGACAGCCAAGACUACAGCCGAACUGUUCUGGAAGCAUUUCCUCCUGCCCUACGGAUGUCCAGAAAAGAUCCUCACCGAUCAAGGACCUGCUUUUGAGUCCCAUCUGUUCCAUGAACUGUGCCGCUUACACAACUGUAAGAAGAUCCGGACAACGGCCUACCAUCCUCAAGGUAAUGGAUUAUGUGAAAAAAUGAAUCAGACCUUGAUAGAGAUGCUGAGGGCCGUACCUCCUGAAACCAGAGGAGAUUGGCCUAAUCUGUUGCCACAGCUCAUGUUCACGUACAAUCAUACCAUCCAUUGUUCCACUGGGUAUACCCCUUUUUAUUUGAUGUUUGGGUGCCACCUGCUGAAACCAAAUACCUCGGUCAAAUACCUCGGGAACGUUGUCAGUGCCGAAGGAGUACAGCCUGAUCCUGAUAAACUUGCUGCUGUCCGCAACUGGCCUACUCCUACGACCGUGAAAGAGGUGAGAAGCUUUCUCAGUUUUGCAGGGUAUUACAGGCGUUUCAUCCCGCAUUUCGCACAAAUUGCGGAUCCCAUCCAGGAACUCCUGAGGGGGCAUCCAAAGAAGAGCCCAAAAACUCCUAUUCCUGUUGAAUGGAACGAAGAACGGGAAAUUGCCUUUCAACUCCUAAAGAAGAAGUUGACUGAACCCCCUGUUCUGGGUUACCCAGAUUAUCAGAAGCCAUUCCACCUCUACAUGGAUGCCAGUAAAAGAGGCCUGGGGGCCGUGUUGGCUCAAGUGCAAGAUAACAAAGAGAGGUUAUUUGCCUACGCCAGCAGAUCCCUGAAGGGAGCUGAAAAGAACGACCAGAACUACAGUUCUUUCAAGCUGGAGUUUCUUGCCUUAGUGUGGGCUGUGACCGAAAAGUUCAAAGACUAUCUCGCUGCCACAACCUUUGUUGCCUUCACGGACAAUAAUCCCCUGGCGCAUCUGAAUACAGCC